AUGUCCAAAUCCUUGGGCAGACGAUUUCUCAAGGCAAUCCGUCGCACGAUCACUGCCCCUUUAAAGGGUCGCCUGGUCAACAAGCGCGGAAAGGGUUUCCAGCCAGCUCACGAAGACAAGCCUUCAGCGACGCUUCGGAAUCAUGUGCCACUGCCACAAAAUGGCUCAAACUCUGAGAAGCAGGCGGCGAAGGUGAACGACUGCGGCCCAACGAUACACAAUCCAAAAAAAGCUUCAGAUACAUACAAUGUUGUCCUCGACAAUGGAGACCGGAUCCAUGUGCCACCUGUUGACACUUAUGUGGCAGACCGUCGUCAAACUUUGCAUGACCAAGGGGACAGGCCCCAACCGGCACCGGUUCCAAAAGACUCUCAACAGCAACACCGUCCGACCAAAACAGCUUCAGACCUUCACCGGGAGCGGCUCUCAUCUGCGAAUACCACAUUGGAUAUCAGCCAAACGGCGCGGGCGACCUCAAAUAAGGCGCCAGCUGCGGCUGUGGAUAACUCAUUGGAGCGAGAGCAAGACACCCACCUGACGUGUGCUGCCGCAGUUGAGGAAGGUCACAACAGGAAGCGCGACAGUGUUCCCCGAGUAUCAGCACAAGUUUGUGGCGACUCACGCGAUCGGGUAGAUCCUAGUACCCAAGCUUCGUACAUGCAAAAAGUGGCAAUGUACAGACCACAGGGACAUGUGGGUCGUGUCGCAGAAAAUAUGAGUGACCCCAAUACCGUCGCUACCCAGAUGAAAAAUACCGUGCUGGUAGUCCAACAGCCGGGGGGCUUCGGCAGAAGACGAGUUGGUGAACGAUCAGGUUGCCCAGCAGAGGACCUUCCUAAAUCUCAAUCAUCUCGUGGGCCUGUGCCAGCUCCAAUGAUGUCGUUAACCCAGGGUUCACAGGGAUCAGAAUCACAGGUCGUUGCUCCCAGAAGACCUAGCUCGACUGCAUCACAGCCAUCCCGGACUUCAAGCACCGGCCAAAGUCACAAUACUGGGAUGACCACUGUUCCGGUCGACUCAAGUCAGCAACAUCAAGCCCCUACAGCCCGAACACUCACCGACCAUAAUGUCUAUCGGUUGAGGACUUUCCUAGCGUCAAGAAGGCAGCGACGACUAGCUACGACUAGAGCAAGUCCUACCACCGCCACAACCCCAAAUCUGACAUGUAGCGGACUUAUCAAGGAUGCUAGGGCAUACCAUGGCCGUGUAUGUCGAGUCAGGGGAGCUGCCGAGUCGUAUGCGCGUGGCUUUGGCCUGGAGGUUGCGUCCUGCCUGUACCAGUAUGUUGUGAUGCGGUGCACCUUCGAUGAGGCUCACGGCACUUUGAUGGUCAGCCUUUGUGCAUUAAGUCAGGGACAUUGUGCCAUCCUAGCAAGGAACACCCGGAGCACUGACGUGGUGCAGAUCGUCUCGGUCAAGGAUCCGGACACUGAACAAGCUUGCGAAGAUGCACAUCGAAACAAGCACCUUAUCCCAAUUGAGCCCAACAAGCCACUGCCGAUAGGGAUGCAGAUACGGGCCGGAUUUGGAGAUGAAAGCCGCCAUAUUGGCAAGCACAGCUGGAUUGAUAUAAGCAAGGUAUACCAGGUCCCAGUUGAGUUCAUCAAGGCCGGUCGUCACGUAUCGCUCAAGCUGUGCAAAUGCUCGUGGGAGAAGAUGAGAGAGAAACUGUCCAUGGGAACGUGGACGGAGGAGAGAUUCAGCAUCGAGCGGGAAUUCAAGCGCUUCCAAAACACGAAGGGCAAGGAGCAUACACCGGACUAUCAAAUCCGUGCGGCAGACAACAUACUACUUCAGCUCCAACCUCAAUCUCAGCUCCAGCAGCAUGAACUGCGGCCGCGUCUUCGGCGAUAUCGCGUGGACGAACUCCUUCAUCUCCAAACACUGCGGUAG